GGCUUGGCCUCAGCAGGGCUUCGUUAUAAAACAGAACCGGUUGGAUGAAGACCUUCAGAAACGAGAGAAAAGUGCAGUCAGAUGGAAAUUCUGCCCCACAGACCAGGAGUAAAAUAAAAAACAGCAACGAGACGAACGAGGCGUUUCUGCUGAAUGUAGCUACAUCUCCAGACAAAAAAACAGAAGAACAGAAAUAACCAUUCUCAUUGCAAGUUCUCAUUGCGUCUGCUGCUAAUAAUGCAGGACUCCGUCUUCAACUGCUGUUUUUCCCCACCCCAUCCUCCUCCUGGUAGAAGGGAGGAGUCCCAUUGGCAUGGCAACAGAGCACAGGGCCCACCCCCUAAUGACCGCCGCUUUCUGAUCUUUUUUGAUUUUGACGAGACCCUGGUGGACGAGUGCAGUGAUGACGCAGUGGUUAAGGUGGCCCCUGGUGGCUCUCUGCCCGGCUGGCUGAAGGACACGUAUCGUCCAGGGAGGUAUAAUGAGUACAUGCAGCGUGUUCUGGCCUACCUGGCUGAGCAGCAGGUCACUCCAGAAACAAUCAUCAACACUAUAGAGCGACUCCCACCAUGCCCAGGCAUUCCGGCACUGCUGCGCUUCCUCGUGUCCCGCCCACCGCGGGAUUUCGAAGUUGUAUGCGUGUCUGAUGCCAACACCGUGUUCAUCGAGGCCUGGCUCCAGAACCUGGGCUUUUGCCAGCUUUUCCUGCGCAUCUUCGCAAACCCCGCCCACUUUGAUGAAAAUGGACAGCUGCAACUCCGCCCCUUUCAUACCCACACCUGCAUGCGGUGCCCGGUGAACAUGUGCAAGGCCGAGGUGGUACGGCAGUAUACAGCCCAGAGAGUGCGUGAGCGAGGCGGGAGGCGCUACCAGAAGGUUCUGUAUGUCGGAGACGGAGCCAACGACUUCUGUCCAUCGCUGAUUCUGUCGCCUGGAGAUACAGCCUUUCCUCGACGUGACUUCCCCAUGCACCGGCUGAUCCAGGAGAUGGAGGAAGCUAAACCCGGAGAGUACAAGGCCAGCGUGGUACCCUGGAGCAGUGGAGAGGACAUCAUUAACAGGCUCAGGAAGAUAGUGGAAGAAAGGCAUUAAAAAGAGGUCCUCAAUACUAAACCUGUAGAAACUUUUUUUAACCUGAAUAGUAUGGUGCUUCUCCUUUGCAUCUGAUGCAACUAAUAAUGAUUUUGGAAAGUCUUAGCAUUUUAAAGCGCUUGUAUCACCAAAAUUCGAAAGCAGGUAUAUACACCAGUCAGCCAUAACAUUUAACACAUGAUAAUCCCUAAACGUUUUUAGUUUUGCUAUAUGUAUCUCUUUUUAUCUAUUAGUUUACAUGUAAAGAUUGGCGUCAGACAGUGGUUCAUUAUGUGUUGUGUUCAAACACUGACCACUAGAGAGCAGUAUUGUACCCUAUAGUUAAAUCCCACUGGGUUUUAUAUAUAAUGACAGUUUUUAUUAACAGUUGCAUAUAUUGCACAUAGUUGUAAUUGAAUCUACAUGUUCGGCAGCAAAUGAAGAGUCAUUUGUCUAGGGAAAUUGGACAAAGCAUCUCCAAAACAUUGGUUGUGGGGAGUUCUCAGGUAAGCAGUAGUCAGUACCAGUGAGAGGGCCAUGGGCACCCAGGGACACCUUCACAAUAUUGGGCAGGUGGUUUUAAUGUUAUGGCUGAUUUGUGUGUAUGCUGUAUGCUGUUUAUGCCUAGAUGGACUAGUGCCAACUUGGGUUCUUUAUUCUAGUAGUAAUAGAAAAUUGGAGCAUCCCUUGUGGACUUUAAUCGACUUUAAUACAGUCACAAUAAUGGCUGUCCACAUUAAAAAUAAAGAGGAAUUCAAUUUAUGUCUUAAUGAAAAUUAUCAUUAAGACAUAAAAAACAUUAUUGGGAGUAGAUUGAUGUGCAAUGCUCCCUUCUAGAUAAACUUACAGAGAGUCCAGACAGUUCACAGUGGUGUGGUGGUGGUGAUAGCAGCAACAGGACAUCCGUAAAGAUUGAUGCAUCUAUAAGCUACCUCACCAAAGGUUAUUACAUGAAAUGGUUAGAAAUAUUGUGUUUAUUGUCUUUUUAUGACUGUCAUCCAGAUGUAAACAUUGGCAUAAUGAGGAAACGUUUAGAACAAGAGGGCGUGCCUUAGUUAAAAUAUUAGUUAUUAUAUUAUUAUAUGUACAUUCUUGGGAAAUAUGCAAAGUUUGAAUCUAAAAGCUGUAGUAGUCUAUAUCAAUGUAAUAGAUAACAUAUAAACAGGACAGGACAUAUUUUGAAUUUUUCCUUUUUUAAAAGAAGGUGCCACAUUACCUUUUAUUACUUAUGUGUAUUUUCACAUUUUGGUUUUACGUUUCUAUCAUUAUGUUUUUGUGUCCAGAGGUAGGAGUGUGUGUGAUUGAAUCAGUUUUUUUUUUUUUUACAUAUGAUACACAUAUGUUUCACACUAAACAUCAUCAUACAGUACAUAUCACAAUGUUCUGUCGUUUAGAUGUGUUGCAAGAUAGAACAGAUAAAAAAGAAUCACAUUUUAAAAGCACUUAAAAAAACACGUACUGUACACGCCGGGUGGGCGAUAUGGCCCUAUAGUAUCAUGAUAUUAUAGGGUAUUUUUGCGGAUAUUUUUUAUAAUUCAUUUUAAGAAAAUACUACUGUUGUAUUUAGUUCAAAUAUUAACAGUUACAUACAUUCUGUAGAAAUAAAAAUAUAUAAACUUUGUCUAAUUCAGUGAAUUAAUAUACAGUGAAUUUUAUCCAAUAACACUGUGCUUCUCUAAAAAUCUAGUUAAAUUGACUAAUUAUGUAUGAUGUGUCCAGUUACAAUGAGAUCCUGCUAAAUUACAACUACUUAUGACUUGAUUGUGUGUGUUUGUGUAUGUUGCUUCUCUGUGUAUCUGUGUGUUAUAACCAGCCAGGGCAAAGCCCAAGACUGUGUGCCUUUUGGUCUUUUAGUCUUUUAUGUACUGUACUGUACUGUUUUAUGUAUACUAAGGUUUCCCUCCUACUAGGAGGGAAAUAAAUAAUUUACUGACA